AUGUCGGAUGCCUGUGAUGCUCCUCCGAGAUACAGCUCUAUGAAGCCAAAUGUUACUAAACCCAAUUAUAAUCCUGGGGACAGAGUAUACUUCAAGUGUCGACCAGGAUACAAGUUUAUACCACUUUUUCGUUCCGUAUUUUCCGUUUGUCAGCCUAAUAACACAUGGACACCUCUCAACGAGGCUUGUACAGAAAAAUUAUGUCAACAUCCAGGAGAACCUGUAAAUGGCCAGGUAGUUGGUGUAAAUGGAUCUUUUAUCUUUGGUUCACAAGUUCACUAUUCUUGUAAUGAGGGUUUUCGGUUAAUUGGAAAAAGAAUUCUAUAUUGUGAACUUUCUAGUAAUGACGAAAAUACAGUGAUUUGGAGUGAUGAUCCCCCACUAUGUACAAAGAUAAUGUGUCCGUCACCUGGAAAAAUACCAAAUGGAAAACAUACCGGUAGUGAGAAGGAUGAAUUUGAAUAUAAUGAAGGGGUAACUUACAGUUGUGAUCCUUCAAGUGGACCAGACGAAUAUUCACUUAUUGGAGAGAGGAGGCUUAUUUGUUCUGGUGAUGGUGUAUGGAGUAGUGACCCUCCUCAGUGUAAAGUGGUCAAGUGUGAUCAUCCUGUAAUUGAACAUGGAAGACUGGUAUCAGGAAUCAGAGACAAAUAUUCCUACCAAGCAGUGGUUCUAUUUGAAUGCCUCCCAGGCUUCUCUCUUAAUGGCAGCAACCCGGUGUUCUGUGGUGGGAGAAGUACUUGGGAGCCUGCGAUGCCCGAGUGUAUCAGAGACGCAGGAAUCAUUGCUGUGAUUGUUCUUACUAUUCUUGUUGGCCUUGCGGUACUUUGCACCUGCCUGUAUAGAUGUUUUCAAAGGGAGAAGAAAGGGUAA